CAAGCGAAGCGCACUGCUAGGGGAGCUGUAUGUCGGUUUGUGUGUCAGAAGGCUGUGUCGGUGCCUUUGCGUUUUCUCCCAAUUGGCCGACUGUGAAGCGAAUGGGCGGAGGGAAAGAGGCUACUUAGGAUGGGUAUUGUUCAGAUACUAGUCUCGGCAUGCACGUGUAACUGUUUUUCGGUAACGUUUUGAAGGAGACUUGCGCGUAAAGACGAUGGAAAGAGGUCACCGUAUUAAAGACGUUGUAUCGUCAGUCUUGCAAUAGCGUGCGCUUCGAUCUGAUUUCAGACUCGCGCGAUUCCUACUAAACCGGGUGAAGAAUUGGGAUUCCGUGCCAUUGGUGCUUGCAGGUGUUGUGUCCUUCCAAAUAGAUUGAUUUUGUCGGUUCGCCAUCAUUGGAUUUAAAACUUGGGAGAGCGCGAUAUAUCGGAGGGAUUAUUGGCUUUCUCCUGCAUACCUGGAACACUUCUGAGCGUUUCAUUCCCCGGGGGCACGAGCACACGGGGCACGAGUGGUGUGUUGUGCUGUGCUGCUGUGGUACUUGGAAAGGAGGAGCUUAGGUGCGAGUAAUACUUGCCAGCAGCUCCCCGAAACCAGUACAGGAGUGACCAGGGUGGGGUGUGACCCGUGCGGCACUGAAUCCAGCCGGCAUGGAGCAGGAGCAAGAGGAAAGUGCCCCGGUGGGAAACCAUGCUGCCAUGGCACCCCAGACGAGGUCGUCGUCGACAGAAGAGGAAUGUGGCACGGCGACACGGAGGAAGAGAAAGAAGAAGAAGGACCAAAUGGAGUCCAUCAUCGUGUACCGCUCGGACGCAGGGGAGCAGGACGCGGAUGUAGUGGAGGGGGUCUCUGGCGAGGGGGGCAGUGGUACCGGCGACAUUGCUGAGGAAGAGACGUCGUGGAGCACGCCCCCGGGCCCGGACAGCCGCUACGUGACCCUGACGGGCACCAUCACGCGGGGCAAGCGCAAGGGCCAGAUGGUGGACAUCCACGUCAGCCUCACGGACAAGGAGCUGCGGGAGAUGGCGCGCUCUAAGGAGCGGCUGGACGCUGAGUGUGAGGAGGACGCGGCGGCUGCAGGCGGAGCCCUGGCUGCCAGGAGGAGGGCCUGCACCGUAGGCCCCACACAGGGCCCUCACGUGGUGCUCUGGAGCCUCUCCUGUCUCCCUGUGGUCUUCGUCCUCUCCUUCAUCACCUCGUUUUACUACGGCACGCUCACCUGGUACAACGUCUUCCUGGUGUACAACGAGGAACGGACGUUCCUGCACAAGGUGACGCUGUGCCCCGUGCUGAUCCUCACCUACCCGUUCCUCAUCGUGGCGCUGUCGCUGUGCAUGGGCGUGUACGCCGCCGUGACGCAGCUGUCCUGGGCGUUCGCCGAGUGGUGGCUGGCCGUGCGCGACCUGGAGAAGGGCUUCUGCGGCUGGGCGUGCGGCAAGCUGGGCCUGGAGGACUGCGCCCCCUACAGCGUGGUGGAGCUGCUGGACUCGGACACGCUGUCGGGAACGCUGCAGAUGAAGAGGCUGGACGACGGAGACCAAGUGUCCUCGGUCUGAUCUCGAAAGCUGAUGUCGAGCUCAAAGCUGUCUGGCUGACCGUGUGAUGUGUGUGAGAAGAGCAGAGGGGCAGACGUGACACUGUGUCCUGUGCGGAAAAAAACAUCUAUACACAUACUGGUGUGGUGUGAAUGAGAGAUUGGUCUUCAAGUGUCCUCGGUCUGAUCUCAAAGCUGACGUCGAGCUCAAAGCUUGUCUGGCUGACCGUGUGAUGUGUGUAAGAGGAGCAGACGUUUCUGCACAAGGUGACACAAUGUCCUGUAGCAGAAAAAAAGCCCAUCUAUACACAUACUGUUGUGGUGUGAAUGAGAGAUUGGUCUUCAUGUGAGACAGAAGAUGAAGGAGGAAGACAAGGCAGAGCAAGUGUCUUCGGUCAAGUCUCUGCUGGAACUCAAAAGCUGCUCGCUGGCUGGCUGACUGGCUCAUCUGGCUCACUGAU